AUGGACGCCACAAACAGAGACACCCUUCAACCGACGAGCCCGCCCGCCACCGCAGCCGCCGCCGUCAGACGCUUCCGCUCGGCUUCUCGAGCCGAGGCCGCCCGUACCUCCAACGCGUGCCGGAUCUGCCGGGACAAGAAGGUCAAGUGCUCCGGCCAGCGGCCCUGCAAGUACUGCGCCAAGCGGGGGCUCGAGUGUGUCUUUUCCGCCGCUGAGAAGAGGAAGCUCUACUCCGUCUCGCAGAUCCGCGAACUCGAGGGCAAGGUCGCCUAUUAUGAGCGCCGGCGCCGCGGCACGUCGUCGGCUCCGGACGCGGCCGCGUCUUCCCCGGUGCUGCCGCCGAUAUCGCCUACGUGGCAGACGCCCUUAGUUGAGCUGAAUCCGGAUGUAGAUGCCGUUCACAAUGACAUGGACAUCUCACAGGAUGGCAGCGGUCUCGUCCUCGACGGCACCGUCGCCACCCCCUCGACCGGUCCUGGUCUGGAUCAGCCUCGGACCGCCCGGUCUCAGUCAACCUUCUCCCCUAUGUUAGAGAGGGUACGGACCGGGGCGGCAACUGUAAACACAUCUACAACGUCUCCCGUGCGGUCCGGUAGGGCAAUCGCCCCGGAAUCGGCGCUAUCCUCAAGCGAGACCUUUAGCUCCGAGAUCAAGACCCUCCUCGUGUCCCGCUCAAACCCGGGGUCCGCCGCCAGCCCGUUCGCCGGCGCCGCCACGCCCGUCCCGCACAUCGACCGGCGCGGGCUCGAGGCCCUGGCCGUCGGGCCGUGGCCCGCCGAGGAGGACGCCCACGCCAUGCUAGACGUCGUCAUCCUCAACGUCGGCAUCUCGCAGCAGCUCUUCGACGUCCGCGUCUUCUCGGAUAACCUAUCGACGCUGUACCACGAUUCGUCCGCCGCCGUCGCCGCCGCGGACGUACGGCUGCCGGAGAUCUGGGUCGUCGAGGCCUUGCUGGUGUUUGCCGUCGGUCGUCUCCUGCAGGGUAAAGACGACGAGACCGGCGACCUCCCCGGGACGGCGUACUUCCGCGAGGCGGUGAAGCGGACGCCUUUGCUGAGCGAGCUGCGCAGACACGGUGUCAUGGGGGUUGAGGUCAUGGCCUUGACGGCGUUGUAUCUCCAGAUCACGGACCGCAAAGACGAUGCGUACCUGCAUUCGAAUACUGCAUUGCGGCUGGCCAUAAGCCACGGCAUGCACCGCGCCAGCAGCGGCCAGAGCCUCCGGCGGCCCGAGAAUGUCCACAAGAACAGGCUCUGGUGGUCCGUUUACAUGCAAGAAAGGAGGCUAUGCGCCGCCGGGGGGUAUCCUAUGUCCAUCGAGGACUACGCCAUUUCGACCAAGCCGCCAUACGAGGUCCUCGGCUUCCCCUCCGCCACAGCCCUUGGGGUCAACGUCAAAGCGGCGAGGAUCACGGGAAAUAUCACCACAACAAUCUACUCGCAAAAGGACGACCCAGAGGCCACCUUCAUCAACAACGUCCAGGGCAUCCUACACUCGCUGUACGAGGUCGAGAAGACGAUGCCGGCCGAGUACUCGAUGGAGAUCAAGCCGUCAGGCUUGACCGUGGCCGGGCGUCCGUUCAUGGAGGCGCCAACGACGACGUCAAGGACCAGCUCGAGCUUGUACGCCUCGGUGUACUCGGCAGUGAUUCACACCGUCCGGCCUAUCCUGCUCUACAUGGCCCGCAACAGCCGGGACCCCGAGAGAGAAGGCUCCCAGAGCGAGGUGAGCCCGGCACUGGUCCGGCUCGCGGAGAUCUGCGUCGAGGCCGCCAGCAAGAGCCUCGUCAUCCUACAAGAACUACGGAAGAAGGAGAUUCUCGCAAAGAACGCCUUCCUGGACCUCGACGCCGCUUUCUCCGUCGGCUUCGUCUUCGUGCUCGUCGAGGCCGUCAGCCCUGGCAAGGGACUCGGCUUCAAGGGCGUCGAGGGGUCGAGGGCGAUCCUCCGGUACCUCGUCGGCCUCGGCAACCGGGCCGCCGCGAGCCGCCUCGCCGAUCUCGACCAGAUGUGCGCGCACCUCUCGCUGUCUGUACGUCAACCAACGGGUCACACGCCACAGGAGGAGGCGUCGUCGUCAUCGUUCAUGGAUCUCCUGACGCAGCCAUUCUCCUUCUCGAGCGGCUAUGGAAAUGUCGAGGCGGGGGCUGGCGGAGUAUCUCGCAGCGUCGUUGCGGGUGGGAUAAGUAACCGAGAGAGCGAUGCGAACGGGGGGGCGGCUGGGGGGGGGGGCUACGAGGACGCUUCACAACACGACUUCGGGCUGAGCGGUGCCGAUUUGGCGAGUAUACCCCUCGACGGCGAGAACAGCUUGUACUGGGUCUACCACACGCCGGGUUUCUCGUUCACCGGCGUCGAGCAGACCGACUGGGAGGCGUUGGAGAACCAGAUACCGUGGGGCAGCCAGCAGUGAGUGGCGUCCUGCAUUCUUCGGAGACGACGGCUGUAGAAGGGCUGGCAUCCAAUAGAGGGACUUUUGGGAUGUUAUGCCAAUGAAGGGGGGAUAGGAGAGGGAUCCUGACGAGCUGCCCAUGUUGAAGGACUGGAGUCCUUGAGCUGAUGUUGGACCAGCUGGACGAGUCCGGCGCCUUGCCAUAGCCAUGUUUCAUGCUUGAAAGAAGCCCCUGAUCUGUUGGGGCUUUGACAUGAGCCUCGGAUAUGAUUGCCGAGAGGGAAGACCAUGAGCUAAAAUGUGUGCUGCUUCGGGUCCCGAACGCGGCACGACUCCCCUACAACCGUGAUGGAUCCCUAUCAUACUGACAUCGAUCAGUACCCUGUACCACGCUCCAACACAACUGUCUCUAACGUUUCCUGUCUUUGCGGAGAUCCGGGGCAGACCCCGCAUUCUCCAGACUCCACGGCGGAUCGGGUCUCUGUGGUCUGGGGUAUAAACUUGGUCCAAAAUAUGGGAGAGCUUGCGGAGUGAGAACAGCCAACUGUAGUACAUAGUAGAGACCGAACCGGCUAU